UAUCCUGACACCGUCGCCAAGGAGCCAAUUCUGGAGAAGAUGAGCAGCAAGGUGACCUUUGCCUUCGACAGCAAUCCCUUGGGGGUCUAUCAAGCCGGUCAGCUCAUUUCCGGGACCGCAGAACUGGUUACGGAGCGUCCAAAAACCAUUCGAUCGAUAUAUAUAACCAUAAAUGGAUACGGCGAGACGAGAUGGCAGGAGAGUGAGGAUCGGGUGGGCGAGGAUGGGAAGACGACCAAGUCACUGGUGACCCACACCACCACCGAGGUGUACUAUAGCACUGACCAGCCGGUUUACGGGCAGGCGGGCGGAUCCCAGCUGGAACUGCCCACCGGCAAGUACGUCUUCCCCUUCCGGACGACCAUUCCACCCAAUGCACCCACUUCGUUCAAUGGGGAACAUGGUCAGAUCAAGCAUGAGGUCACCCUGACCAUUGAUCGCGCCGUGCGUUACAAUAAUACCUUUAAACAGUGCUUCUCUGUGAUCCUGCCACACGAUCUGAACAAGCGGCAGGAGUAUAAGGAACCCUUAAAACGCCUGGAAUCGAAAAGCUUCUGGUGGGGUUCCAUUUUCGGUGCCCAUAAGCCCAUGAUCAUGGACGUGAGCACUUCGUAUUCAGCCUAUGUGCCCGGUCAGAAGAUCCACUUUCAUCUCGUGCUGGACAACCAGUCGGAUGUGCAAUGUAUGGACGUGAAGGUGCGCCUGAUCAAGAACGUUUCGUAUCGGGCCAAUUCUUCGGGGACAAAGGAGCAGCUCAAGGUCACCGAAUCUCGGGUGGCGGACAAACAUUGCGGUGAGGUGCUGAAGCACAACAAGGCCAAGUUCGAUGAGUUUCUGGUGGUGCCGCCGACCACUCCAUCGACCCAAAGCGAAAAGGAUCCCAUUCGAGUUAGCUAUACACUGCGAUUUAUUGCCAAGACUUUCAAGCUUCAUGGGGGUGGAGACUUGGUUAUGGACUUUCCACUAACCAUUGGCACUGUGCCGCUUUUGGGAAGUGCAGAUGACAAGGGACCCGAGCAGGCGGAAAAGUCACCGUCUAGUGGAACCUCUCAUCCAGGUUCUCCCAACUUCCAGGAAGACGUUAGUGAAGAGCAAUUUGAGUCCAACACCUUUAAGCCAAGAUAUCCCGUCUAUCCCUUUGAUGGCAAGCCGGGAACUAAUGGUUCAUCUAAUGGAGCAGCCAAUUUCCCCAGUCUUUAUCCCAAGGCGGACGAUGCUGUGCCAGCAGCUCCUGUUAAAUUUACCCCAAAUCCAGUGCCUGCUGCUAGUGUUAAAUUCACCCCGAAUCCAGUGAUUCCAGUGUCUCCAGCCGCGCAAAAAUCGCCACCAUAUCCAACUAAUACUCCUGCUGCUGCUGCUCCUUCUGGCGGCAAUUUCGAGGUGCUUGGAUUCAGCAUACCACCUGAUUAUAAGCCCACGCCCAGUGCUCCUGCAGAUGCUCCCACAGGUGGCAUUGGGUGGAAAUAGGGACCACUGCUUAACCACUUUGUAUUCUAAUUUUUAAGCCAUUUUUAAAUAAACACGAAAGCGCGCCCAAGUGGCAACGCUAGGCUCGUGACAGCUAUCGAUAUAAAGCUGUCUUGAAAAUAGCCAAAUUUGGCUUUUUUUAAGGAUCUAUUAAUUAUUUUGAUAAAUUUAUAAAGAAAAUCAUUUAUUUAAAAACAUAAAGCCAUUUGAGCAUAAUAAUAGUGAUCUGGUGCCAGGGAUUAUGUAUUUUAUUCUUAAAACAUUUACAUUAAAAAAUAAAGAGUUGUGAUUAUCUGAAAA